CUGUACUUCUAGCUGUCGGGUGUUUGUUUAAGGAUGUGCGUCCACCAAUGAAGAGUGAAGAAGUACGAACGAUAAGGAAUCCCGAGUAUGAAUAAGAAUGGCUGGGAUGAUGGAUCUGAGCUGUCGUUCACGCGGGCCAGGAUAUAUAUUCUUCGGGCUUCCGCUGGAACCUGUUCCGACCGACAAUCCUGGAAGUUGGAACCCGGAAGGGAUCCCAGUGGGAGUGGAUGUGGGAGUGGAUGUGGAUGUGGUGGUGCUUGGGUGGCCAGCCAGAACAAUGACCCUCUGCCAGGCCUCGGACCCAGACAGAACCACCGUCACUCACUGCAACCCAAGACACAACCACCACCACCACAACCACAACCAUUCUUCUGACAGCAGUAUUAUUCAUUCCCUUCCCCUACCACUAACACUAAGAAUGGCCACCACUCCACCAACCCCAUCUGAGGCCUAACUCCGGCCGCUCCCUACUACUACCUCCACCUCCACCACCACUACUACUCCACCAACUCCUUCUCUUCCCACCAACAAAUCACCCAUCGCCCCGUCCUUGCUUUCGCUUCUCCCGCUGCUCAUCUCCCCUUCUCUCUCGCCUCAUUCUCUCCUG